AUGCCGCGCCCAACAAGCUUUCUUGUCGUCGCUCUGGCGCUCUUCCUCCAAGUAGCCCUCUUCGGGUCUGUAGUUGAAGGUCAAAGGAGGCGGCCGCCACCCACUGCACCUCCACCGCCUCCGCUGGUGCGCCGCAAGAUGCCUCCCCCACGGUCACCUUCCCCAGUUCGGCCCACACUUCCGUCGCCGCCACCACCCAGCCCACAACCACCCAGCCCGCCACCACCCAUCCCACGUCCUCCCAUCCCACGUCCUCCCAGCCCAGUUCCUCCCAGCCCAGCGCCCCCACGCUCCCAAGGAACUAAACCAAACUUUGUCCUUAUCAUGGUCGACGACCAGGACUACCUCUUGAACGCAACCCACCCUGCCUACAUGCCCAAACUGCACAAGUACAUCGGCGACCAGGGCCUCCAUCUAAAUAACUUCAUCGUCACGAGCUCCCUCUGCUGCCCCUCCCGCGUGAGCCUUCUCACCGGCAAGUUCACCCACAACCACAACGUUACCAGCAAUCAGGCGCCGCAAGGCGGAUGGGGCCGGUUCCAAGCCCAAAAGCUGGACGCGGAAUGGCUGCCGCUGUGGCUCAAGCCUCUGGGUUACAACACCUACUUUACUGGCAAGUUUAUCAACCUGUUCGACGUGCCCCCAGGUGACGUCAAGAACUGCCCCAAGGGCUGGGACAUGUUUGACCCCCUAACGGAUAAGAGUGUGUACGACUACAUCAACUACGACUUUGUUCCCCAGUGCGCCCGGAUGGACAGCUUCCGUAACGCCUACCAGACCGACACUAUCUCGACGCGUGCGCUGGGAUACAUUGACGAGGCGGUUGAUAAGGGACAACCCUUCUACGUGCAGAUCAACCCCGCCGCCUGUCACACCGCCUGCCCCAAGGGCGCGGAGGAGGGCGGCGCCUGCGUGCCGCCAGUGCCCAGCCCCAAGUACUCGGGGCGUUUCUCCGGGGUCUCAGUGCCACGGCUCUCCAAUUGGAACGUGUAUCUGUCCAACGUCCUCAACAUCGGACCCGACGGCAGCACCAACCCCGCGGGUAUCGACAAGCACUACCAGAGGCGGCUGGAAACCAUGUUGUCGGUGGACGAUAUGAUUGAGGAUGUUGUGAACAAGCUUGAGGAGAGAGGCGUACUGAACAACACGUACGUCAUCUACGUGUCGGAUAACGGCUACCAUUUGGGAAAUCAUGGACUGCCAAAGGGCAAGACGCUGCCGUACGAGGAGGACAUUCGCGUGCCGUUUUACAUACGCGGUCCCGGCAUCCCCGCCGGUGUCGUACAUCCCUACAUGGCGACAAUGGUAGAUCUCACCACUACAUUGAUUACGUUGGGUGGUGGUGCCGUACCCGACCAGAUGGAUGGCGUGCCGCUUCCCCUGGACCGCAUCGUUCAGGAGGCUCCCGGCGCAGCCGCACCGGAGACUCCCAUGCCGCCUUCGGCCACGGUAACCAACGGCACUAUGCGGCAAAUUACAACUAACUGCAGAGCAUUACCUCCCGCGGACAGGUUACCAGUGGAGAUGUGGAUCAACUCACUGAGCAAAGAUCUUGACAAGAAAGACUACCGCUCGGUGCGCAUCUGCACCAACUACACAAUUGCCAACGACGGCCGGACAGAAACUUGCUGGAAGUACAUUAUUUGGUGCGUUUGGCCAACCACCACCAACUUCAAGGAGCUUUUUGACCUGGGCGCAGACCCUGGCGAAAUCAACAACUUGAUGCUGACGCUCGACUCCAAUCCUAACCCCAACUACAAGCGCCUCGUCAGUCGUCUGGACGCGCUGCUGCAGAUGAUGGGCUACUGCAAGGGCGCCAGCUGCCGGCAGCCGUGGCAACGCCUCCAUCCGGAAGGGGGUGUGGAUAGCUUCGAGGGAGCUAUGAACCCCAUUUACGACGGAAAGUACGAGGCUUACACCAAGUUUGCAUGGCGUUCUUGUCAGGCAUACUAUGACCCAAUCAACAAUGAGGUUGGAGACCGCAGCCUUGGUGCUCUCAGCCGUUGGGUUUCCGGUUGA